AAAGAAUCCGCAGUAGAGAUCGUUGCGAUCUAAGAAAGUUGAUUGAUCUCCCGGCGGAACGACAGAUUUUUACCCACAAUGGCACUUAGAACAGCUGUCUCACGCUUGUUUGCGAACUCUCAGAGAUGUUCUUUAAUUGCGGCUUCAAGAGCACAGGGCACAGCGGCACCUGCCCAAAAUGAAGUAGAGCAAGCCAAGAAACCAACAAAAGCACCUAAAGUGCAGUUUAACUGGCGCGAUGCUUUGGACUUGGAAGGCCAGCUCACGGAGGAGGAAAUAAUGAUUCGAGAUUCGUUCCGUGAUUACUGUCAAGAGAAGCUAAUGCCACGCAUUCUUAUGGCAAACAGAAAUGAACAUUUUCAUCGUGAAAUUGUCUCUGAAAUGGGCGAACUUGGUGUCCUUGGACCGACAAUUCAAGGUUACGGCUGUGCAGGAACCAGCUAUGUGGCCUAUGGCCUGAUCGCCAGGGAGGUGGAGAGGGUGGACAGCGGCUAUCGCUCUGUGAUGAGUGUUCAGUCCUCACUGGUCAUGCACCCCAUCAAUGCUUAUGGCACAGAGGAGCAGAAACAAAAGUAUUUGCCCAGACUUGCACGGGGAGAGAUUUUGGGCUGUUUUGGCUUGACUGAGCCAAACCACGGCAGUGACCCAAGCAGUAUGGAGACCAGGGCCAAAUACAACCCCUCCAGUGGCACCUUCACUCUGAAUGGCGCCAAGACAUGGAUCACCAACUCCCCCGUCGCUGAUAUCUGCGUUGUGUGGGCAAAGUGCGAAGACGGAAGGGUGCGAGGCUUCAUCCUGGAGCGUGGCAUGAAAGGCCUGGCCACGCCCAAGAUCGAAGGCAAGUUCUCUCUUCGGGCGUCUGCAACCGGCAUGAUUCUGAUGGAUGAAGUGGAGGUACCUCAGGAGAAUCUGCUGCCCAAUGUAUCUGGACUGGCCGGCCCCUUUGGCUGCCUGAAUAACGCCCGUUAUGGCAUCGCAUGGGGAGCACUGGGUGCCGCAGAGUUCUGCUUCCAUGCUGCUCGUCAGUACACCUUGGACAGGAUCCAGUUUGGUGUGCCUCUGGCUAGAAACCAGCUGAUGCAGAAGAAGAUGGCGGACAUGCUGACGGAGAUCACUAUUGGACUGCAGUCCUGUCUCCAGCUGGGUAGACUCAUCGACGAGAAGAAAGCUUCUCCGGAGAUGAUUUCCCUGUUGAAGAGGAACAGCUGUGGCAAAGCUCUGGACAUCGCCAGGCAGGCCAGAGACAUGCUGGGCGGAAACGGCAUCGCCGACGAGUACCACAUCAUCCGUCACGUCAUGAACCUCGAAGCCGUCAACACUUACGAGGGCACACAUGACAUCCAUGCUUUGAUCCUGGGCAGAGCUAUCACCGGCCUUCAGUCUUUCACUGUUGAAAAGUAGACACCUGACUCGGUUGAAAGAGAGCGAGCAGUGAAACACUAAACUUGAACAAAACGCUACAUUUCAUUGUGCUUCUCGGGCAAGAGCCACGGUGGAACAACUGAUAAAACUUCUAUUCUCAAGUGCCUUCUGUUAAGGCUCCUCUUUCUGAAAACAUUAAAGGAAUACCUAACAAUGGGUCCAGCUGUACGUCUGAUCUGGUUGUCUGCUUAUGUGCAAAUGUAGUGAUGAUCCAGAGCAAAGCAUUUUGCCAUUGUUUACAUCUGUAGGGAUACUGGUUCUGUGUAGGAACCAUUGAAUGAGAAAUACGGUUUAAGCUCGUUUUGUAAGGUUUUAGAUGUCCUUUGUAGCGUCCGAUCAGAAUGAGAAGAAUGAAAGAAAUGAAAGGUCAAAAUCUCUAAGGAGCACUUUAGAACUUCAUCUUAACACUAUUGUAAUUUUUAGCCCUUAUCUGUUGUAUUACUUUGAGGGAAUUUUCGAUUUUGAUUUACAGCCUAUUAUAUUUAUUAAACUGUUAAAUAAACUCUUUAUUGGG